AUGAUGAAGAAAGACAAUAGCGGAGGUAGCAAAAACCAAAAACCCAGAAUUUCUGGAGCAAACCGACUUCAAAUUAAUGAAGACGAUGCUUCACUGUUGGUCGGGAGCAUAUUCGAAAAGGGCUUUUCCGAUAUCCAUUCAUCUCGGUCUUUGGGCCCGCCGACAGCCCCUCGGCCCUCUGUUCUGCCUUUUCCGGUGGCACGCCACCGCUCUCACGGCCCAAAUUGGUCUCCUAAAGCUGGAAACUUUAAUGCUAUUAAUGAUAGUGAUGAUAUGGAUGAGGAUGUUGGAGAAGAGGGAGACUCUGAUAUGAUGAUAAUGGCUGCUGGUUUUGCUAAACCAGUAGAACGAAAGGAAAAGAAAGGACUAAAUUUUAGCCGGUGGCAAGAGAUAGUGAAAAACAAGGGGAACUCUGUGCUCAAUGAUAAGAAGCAGGAAAAAGAAUUUUAUUCAGAUAAUUUAAAAAGGAAGUUCACCAGUCCAGGAGAUUCUGAGUUGCAUAGGACUUCACACAUUGAUCAUGUAAAUGAACCGUGUAUGACUCUGGGGGAUGACAAGGUUUUAUCCGGAAGAGAAGUAGAAACGGGAACUGAAGUUGUGUCAGAGGUUCAUAGCCUCAUAGAUAGCAACAGUGGAAAUAUUGUUCAACUGCAAGAAUCACAGAAUGACAUUGCUAAAUACGAGCGGGAGAGGCCAAGUGAGGAAAUCCUAGCCGAUAUGGAAAUGCAAAAUUCUUUGAUGGAUUCUGGUUUUUCUCAUCAGAAGUUGAUAGUUGGAGAAAAAGAGAAUCUUGAGAGCCAGAUUGAUGCUGAAAACCGUGCUCGAAUGGCAAAAAUGUCUGCCAAAGAAAUCGCUGAAGCACAAGCUGAAUUAAUGGCAAAGCUAGAUCCGGCAUUGAUAAAUGCCCUGAGAAAAAGGGGCCUAUCAAAAGUCAAGGGGCAGAAGUUAUCUUCAUUGGACAUUGCUGGCAAUGAAGCAGAUAGUAUGAAACACGAGAAAUAUUACUCGGAGUUAACAGCUAGCUCUGGUGACACUAUCUCCCAAAAGCCUGUAGAGUUAGCUCCCGGAGACUCACUGCUAGAUAAAGAUGAUAGAGCUUCUCCAAAUAAAACCCCUGAAAACCGUAGCAUGUGGGAUGCUUGGAGCAAAAGAGUUGAGCAUGUUAGAGACUUGAGAUUUUCCCUGGAUGGUAGCAUUAUCGAUAUUGACUUGGCUCAUGUACCAGAUGCUGGCAAGGCAUCGCUUGAAAGUGUAUACAGUGCCGAUAAUGUUUCUGAACGUGAUUUUAUUCGAACUGAAGGUGAUCCUGGUGCCGCUGGUUAUACCAUAAAAGAAGCAGUGGCCCUAACUAGAAGUGUGGUUCCCGGACAGCGCACUCUCGCUUUACAUCUAAUUGCAGCUGUCCUUGAUCGAACAAUUCGUGAAAUAUGUAAUAAACAAGUUGAUUCUUCCUUUAAAUCAGCGGAUGCUGAGCGUGCUGACUGGGAAGCAAUUUGGGCUUUUGCUCUUGGUCCAGAACCUGAGCUUGCUUUAGCACUAAGAAUGUCCCUCGAUGAUAAUCACAACUCAGUGGUCCUUUCUUGUGCCAAAGCUAUAACGUGUGCAUUAAGCUGUGACGUGAACGAAAUCAUAUUUGACAUUUUAGAGAAGACACCAACUUACGCAAAGGAUGUUUAUACAGCUCCUGUUUUUAGAAGUAAACCAGAUGUUAGUGUUGGUUUUCUUCGUGGUGGCUUCUGGAAGUAUAAUACCAAACCUUCUAAUAUUCGUUGUUUUGGUGAGGAAUCGGAAAGUGAAAAGGCUGAAGACGAACGCACUAUUCAGGACGAUAUAGUUGUUGCUGGGCAAGAUUUUGCUGCCGGUCUUGUUAGGAUGGGGAUUCUUCCAAGAAUCUGUUAUCUCUUGGAGACUGAUCCUGCUGCACCUUUGGAAGAAUGCUUGAUAACUAUAUUGAUUGCUAUAGCAAGGCAUUCCCCUACAUGUGCUGCUGCAAUUUUGGACUGUGAAAGGCUUGUUCAGACGAUUGUCAAUAGAUUCACAUCUAACGAGCAAAUGGAAACAAAUUUUAGCAAGAUUAAAUCGGUUGCGCUCUUAAAAGUGUUGGCCCGGGUUGAGAAGAAGAACUGCUUGACAUUCAUGAAUGAGGGGAUUCUCCAAAAGGUGACCUGGCACUUGUACCGGCGCACAUUUUCUCUCGAGCAAUGGAUGAAAUCUGGGAAGGAGGCUUGCAAAUUAUCAUCAGCUUUGCUGGUCGAGCAGCUACGUCUCUGGAAGGUCUUUCUUCGUUACGGAUAUUGCAUUUCUGAAAUUUCUGAUUUAUUCCCUUCGUUAUGCGUAUGGUUGAGCGUGCCCGCAUUCGAGAAAUUAAUUGACAAUGACAUGAUGGAUGAAUACUGUGCCAUCGCAAAUGAAGCUUACCUCCUCCUGGAUGUUUUAGCUGGUAAAGUUCAGAAUUUUUAUUCACGCAUGCAAGAUGAAGAAUCUGGUUCGUGGAAUUUCCUUGGUUCGAUUAUUGAUCAAUCUCUCGAGUGGGUACAAGUGAAAAGCAUUCCAUGUGUGUCGAAUUCGGAACUCUCCGCAUGCCAAAUUAAACAUGAUGGAAAGAAUUUCUUCUCACAGGAGUCGAAAGUAAAUUCGUUGUUACGGGUCAUUUCAUCUGUUUUGAAUAUGCUGUCCAGUUUGCUGAAAGCCAUGAUCCCAGAGGAUAUUACAAGCAUGCCAAAUGCCCUUUUGCCUUGGCUACCCGAGUUUGUCCCGAGUAUUGGACUCAGAAUUAUUAAAAAUGGAUACUUUGGGUUUUCAGGCAAAAGUAAUGACUCCUUCGUCAAGUACUUAUGUCUUUUGAGGACCAAAAACAGACCACAACUGGCAAUAUCUUCUACAUGUUGCCUUCAGGCACUGCUCCAAGUAGUUACUUCUGUUGAUGAGUUGAUCAGCCGUGCAAAUCUCGACGUUCACAAUGUGCCAUCUAAAUUCGCGAGACUCUCUUUGGAAGAUAAAAUUCUUGCUAAUGGCAUACUCAAGUCCGGGGUUGACGAAGUACAAUUUCUGCUGAGUAAUUUAACGAAAUUAAUCGCCAAUGAGUGGCAAAAAAUGAGUCCAGUUGAAAAUUUCGGCAGAGGUGGACCCGCCCCAGGAGUUGGGGUUGGGUGGGGUGCCUCUGCUGGUGGCUAUUGGUCCUUGAAUAAUUUCUUGGCUCAGCUAGAUGCAAGGCUGCUCGUUUGCAUGCUCGAAUUUUCUGAAAUACCCUUUACCACCGAGGUCUCAUCGUAUGCCACGCAAGUUCUGAACUGUGCCCUUACAGCCUGUUUAUUUGUGGGCCCGGGGAAUAAUCGUCCCGUCAUAGAUAAGUUACUGAAAUUUAUAGUCCGGGCUCCCGUUCUAAAGUAUCUAAACUCAAGCAUCCGAAAAUUCAUUUCUUCCAGAAAAGGAUCUCAAUCUUUCGGAUGGAAUUAUGAAGAAGAGGAAUACGCUUCAUUUGCAGAUGUCUUGGCCAUUCAUUUUAGAAACAGGUGGCUAGGUGUAAAAAAGAAGAACAUAGGAAAUUCCACAGGUGAAAAAAACCCCGUUACGAAGAAAAAAAAUCGUUCUCUGGAGACUAUCUAUGAAAAUACGGAAGAGACUAUGCAAGAGUUAUCUUCUCUGAGUGUGGAGUGGGCUCGCCAGAGAUUGCCCCUCCCCGCACACUGGUUUCUCAGUGCAAUCUCGUCCGUUCAGGUAGAGAAAUAUCUAGAUCUUCUAGAAGCUUCCAAGGCGGGAUUAUUUUUUCUCUUGGGUAUAGAAACUCUAUCUUGCUCGGCUGUUACAUGUGUCCCAGUUGUCUGGAAGCUGCACGCCAUGUCAGCGGUUUUACUUUCGGGGAUGGAAAUUCUCAUGGAUGAGAAGAGCAGGGAUGCAUACGGGAUUUUGCAGGAUGUUUAUGGUGAAGUUGUCGAUGAGGAAAAGUUCACAUUGCAAUUUGAGAAAGAAAUUCACGAGAGUUAUGCCACGUUUAUCGAGACUUUGGUGGAGCAGUUUGCAGCCGAGUCUUAUGGUGACUUGUUAUUCGGGCGGCAGGUCGCCGUGUAUUUACACAGGUCCACUGAAGCUUCCACGAGGCUUGCCGCGUGGAAUGCAUUGUCUAAUGCCCGUGUGCUUGAGCUUUUGCCGCCUGUGGAUAAAUGUUUUAAUAAAACUGAGGGCUUUCUUGAACCCGUCGAGGGAAUGAUGGUGAAACUAAUAUGCUAUAUGAGACCAAACACGACAGUUUCAUCCAUGCAGCUGCUUGAGAUAGAAAAGAGGCUGCAGCUAUUGAGAGGGAUUUGUGAUGGACUUGUGAAGGAAGUUGAAAAGCUUGAAUCCUGCGUUAAAAGAGAGUUUGACAUGAAAACAUUGGUGUGA